CGGCAGCGGCCCUGCCUCGCCCUGGCCCUCGCCGCGGCCCCUGGCAAGAGCGGCUCGCCCGUGCGCCAGGAGCGCGACCGCCGCCCAGCCCCGCCGCCGGGCCCUCCUCCGCAGGUCCUCAAGGCCGCCGCCGUGGCGGAGGCCGCCGCUGACGCGCCGGCGCCUGCGCCGGCCGCCCCGCCGCAGCCCCUCGACGCGCGCACGGAGAUCGACCGCAUCCUGGCCGCGGAGGCUCCCGAGGAC